AGUAGACUUGUUGGUUCUUCUUUCGUUUCUGAAAUGGAACACAAGUUUCUAUUCAACCCAGUUUCGGUCAUUGUGUUUCUCUCCUUCGUGUUCUGCAUAUACACAUUACGGAGAAGAUCAAACCCUGCAAGAAGGCAAAAAUUGCCGCCCGGUCCAUGGAAAUUACCCCUCAUCGGAAGCCUCCACCAUUUAGUCGGCGGUUCGCUUCCACAUCGUACUCUCAGAAAUUUAUCAAGAAAAUAUGGACCCAUAAUGCACUUGCAGCUGGGCGAAAUCUCCGCCAUCGUCAUAUCCUCUCCUCAACUGGCAAAAGCGAUAACCAAAACCCACGACCUCGUCUUCGCCAACCGGCCAAAGAUGAUGUCGUUCGACGUUGUCUAUUACAAGUGCACAGACGUCGCGUUUUCGCCCUACGGAGAUUACUGGAGGCAGAUGAGAAAGAUAUGCGUGUUGGAGCUUUUGAGCACAAAAAUGGUGAAAUCAUUUAAUUCCUUUAGACAAGAAGAACUUUCAGAGCUUAUAUCGUCGAUUAAGGCAUCUGGGUCGGCUCCGAUCAACUUGACGGAGAAGAUAUGUUGGUUCACGAGCUCGACGAUUGCUAAGGCCGCGUUUGGGAGAGUGCGGCGUGAGGAUCAAGAGAGGUUCAUUGUUCUCGUGAAAGAAGCGCUGUCCUUAGCCGGGGGAUUUGGCGUCGCCGAUUUGUUUCCGUCCAAGAAAUGGAUUCAUUACGUUAGUGGGACCAAACCCAGAUUGUUGAAGGUUCAUCGUGAGGUAGAUAAAAUUUUUGAACUCAUCAUUGAAGAACAUAAAGACAACAUGGCAAACCGCAACAACAACAAGGCGAAAGAUCAUGAAGAAGACAUAGUUGAUGUUUUACUAAGAGUGAUGGAGGGUGGAGAGCUCCAAAUUCCUAUCACACGAGAUAACAUUAAAGCAGUCAUAAAUGACAUGUUCUCUGCUGGGGUUGAAUCAUCUGCCACAACACUUAUCUGGGCAAUGUCCGAAAUGAUGAAAAAUCCAAGUGUGAUGUCCAAGGCACAUGCCGAGGUGAGAGAAGUCCUAAAGGGAAAGAAAACAUUUGACAAUAAAGAAUUGGAAAAUUUAACUUACCUAAACUUUGUGAUUAAAGAAACCCUUCGACUCCACGCUCCAAUUCCGCUUUUAGCCCCAAGAGAAAGCAUGCAAGAAACACAGAUUGAUAACUACAUUAUACCUCCCAAGACUAGAGUCUUUAUUAAUGCUUGGGCUAUUGCGACCGAUCCUAAGUAUUGGAAAGAUCCAGAAAGAUUUCUGCCCGAAAGAUUCGAGAAUAGUUCUGUGGAAUUCAUGGGAAAUCACUAUGAGUUUAUACCUUUCGGUUCAGGAAGAAGAAUGUGUCCUGGAAUUUCAUUUUCUUUGGCUAGCAUUGCCCAUUCAUUGGCUGCUUUAUUGUACCACUUUGAUUGGGAAAUCCCGAGUGGAGUUAGUCCUAAUGAUUUGGAUAUGAAUGAGGGAAUGGGUAUAGCUGUGGCCAAAAAAGAAGAUCUUUGCUUGAUUGCUCAGCCUUUCAUCUUUGAGCCUUGAAAUAGUUAUUGGUUAUGGAUAAGCAUUAAUUUGUGUA